AUGCACUGGCAGCCUGGCAACUUCUUCUUCAAUCAUCUGCAGCGGCAAAUCCUCCAUUCCCACACCAUUAUCAAGGACCUCAUCAAUGCCGACCAUGUGGACGAGGUGUCUAUUGUCGACAAUGCCACAACUACCGCAGCCAUUGUCCUUCAGAACGUUGGCUGGGCCUUCGCUGACGGCCACUUCCAGAAGGGUGAUGCAGUUGUCAUGCUCCACUGUGCCUUCCAAAUCCAGGCAGUCAAGAAGUCUAUUGAGGCUUAUGUUACUCACGCAGAGGGGUCUGUCAUUGUGGUUCACUUGCCGUUUCCUAUGAAUUCCAAUGAAGAAAUCAUUGUUGAGUUUCGAAAAGGAGAAGAAGGUGUGGAGCGCGUGUUUGUAGAUGCAGCUCAUGCUAUUGGUUGUGUUCAUGUAGAUGUUAAGGAAAUUGGGGCUGACAUCUGUGUGAGUAAUUUGCAUAAAUGGUUUUUUUGUCCACCUUAUGUGGCUUUUUUGUACUGUCAUAAAUCACAUUUAUCGCCUGCUUGCACCAUCAUGUGGUUUCACUUUAAGAGACAGUAUAUGUGCAAUAGAUUGAAAAAGGAAAUUUAA